AUGAGUUCCAACACGCCGACUUCCGCUGAGCAACAUGGCGGCACUGCCAAAGAGCAACAAGGCGACAAUGCAAAUGGUGACUCCCUUCCAGCGCAUGACGAGGCUUGGAUUUCGGCCCUGGUUGACCGGCUGGUCCCUCAAUUUCAAGCUCAGAGAACGGCUACCGCUGAUGAAUCAGCUAUGCAGACCGAUCGGCAAGGCAGAGUGGUCCUGACCGCAGCGCUCAGCAAAGGAUUUGAUGCGACAGGUGUUAUUUCAGAUGAAGAGGAUAUCAAAAUUACAGAUCUCUCCAAAGCUCACCCCCCCUCUACCACCAGCGCGGCUACGAAAUCUCGCAAACGCGCUCCUCGUGUACGACGCAAGCCAGGGUCCGGCAAAGCGGUCGACCUCCUUGCCAAAACACCCAACAACCUAUCAGACCAUCCAGACCCCGGGAAUUCCAAAGAUCUUGCUCCGAAACUUCUGACCCCCACCACCUCAACAGGCGACUCAUCUGCAUCUGGCGUGGCAGAGCAGCUAGCCAUGAAAGCGUGCACCCAGACGAGCGCGCCACUGCCGGUUCCCAACAUCAGUGCAACACCACGCACUGAGUCAACUGCCGGCGCCAUUGCCAUCAGGGCCUGGUCUCCUCUGCCGUCACCUAGGCCAAACCUCUCUAGCUGGGAUACCUCUUUGGGCAUUGGACGCCUGACAGCGCCUGAUCAAACAGCCGAACCUGCACCUUGGCCAGCUCAUGACAAUCAACCCGAGCAACCUAAAUCUCCGCCUCUGUUCAACCGCGAGAGUCGUGAAGGUAGUCCUCUCCCCCCAGAGCAACCAGUGCAAUCGAGAACUUCAACCACAGAGGCUAACAAUGGGUGCAUCACCGGUCCAACUCCCAUCGCCUCUUGA